AUGUCUUCCGUCGCUGAGUCCGCCACCGCGGCUGCGCUGCCGCGCGUGCCCAUCCCAGCCAACGGAGUCGACUACCGCGGCAAAAUCGUCUUGGCCCCGAUGGUCCGCUCCGGCGAACUACCCUCACGUCUACUCGCUCUCAAAUAUGGCGCCGACCUCGUUUGGGGUCCUGAGACUAUCGACCGCGCCAUCAUCGGCUGUGAGCGCCACGUCAACCCCCGCAACGGCUGUAUCGAAUUCUCCCGCAUGCCCUCGAACGGUGGCCGUCCCGAUAUUGUCUCAAAGGAAUCAGUCAUCUAUCGCCUUGACCCCGUGCGCGAAAAAGGCCGUCUCGUCUUCCAGAUGGGCACUGCAAACCCAGAAUUAGCAGUGCAGGCCGCCAAAGUUGUCGCCGCUGACGUGUCGGGCAUCGAUGUUAACUCAGGUUGCCCCAAGCCGUUCAGCACCAGCGGCGGCAUGGGCGCGGCGCUGCUGCGGACUCCCGACAAGCUCGUCUCCAUCCUGGAAGCGCUGGUCCAUGAAGUCGGCGAGCCUUUCAAGAUCGGCAUCUCUGUCAAGAUCCGUAUCCUCGAAACCCCCGAGGUGACUGAGGCUCUCGUGUCCCGACUCGUCCGCACCGGUAUCACUGGUCUGACAGUACACUGCCGCACCACGCCCAUGCGGCCCCGCGAGCGCGCAAUUCGCCACCAGCUCCGCAUGAUCGCAGACGUGUGCCACAAAGCAGGCGUGGCGUGCGUGAUGAACGGCGACGUGACCUCGCGCGACCAGGGGCUUGCUUUGAUGGAAGAGUUCGGCGUCGAUGGCGCCAUGAUCGCCACGGCAGCCGAAACCAACUCAUCCUGCUUCCGUGCCGAAGCAGACGGCGGGCUCGCGCCGUGGCGCGACGUCGUCCACGAGUACCUCCGGUUCUGUAUCGAGAGCGAGAACCGUCUUGGAAACACCAAGUAUCUGCUGAAUAUGCUGAUCCCUGGCAAGAACCAGGACUUCAAGGAGGCCAAGCUGUCUCGAACUUACACGGAUGCCUGCCGUCGACUAAAGUUCAAUGAUCUGGUUCCCUUGGCAAUCCAACUUGACGAGAUCCUCGACCUGGAUCGCAAGUGGGAGCUUGGUCCCCCUGAGGGCCAUCCCCGCUCAAAGGCUGUUCAAAAUGCCAUGGAGAACAACGAGUCUGCCAAGGCUGCUGGAGGCGAAUGCACCAGAUCCAAGGCGACUUCGCCUGUUAUCCACAACGGUGGACCUAUUCGCACUUCGUCCAUUCCGGCACCAGCCAAGACCGAGACCGACCAGCCUGCUCUUGCUUCGAUCCCAGCCCCGAUGGCCCAGAACACCGAGGUCACGGCUUAA